AUGGAUUAUGUCGAGCAGAGAAUGGCUCAAGAAGCCGCAAAGCCAACACCCUCGCCAGAAGUCCAAACCCUCUUUACGCCGCUCAACCUAAUCCUCUUCUCCCUCCUCAUUCUAACACUCUAUUACCGGCUCCGACCCUCCCCACCAAUCACUCUCCCCACAGCCCCAGCACCAAUCGUCUUCCGGACCUUUACACCACCCACCCUCCUCCCGUACAACGGUCUCAACGACAUGCCCGUAUACCUCGCCGUCCGCGGCAAAGUCUUUGAUGUCACGUCCGGCCGCAAUUUUUAUGGUCCUGGCGGUCCGUACGCGAAUUUCGCUGGCAGAGAUGCAACGAGGGGCCUGGCGUGUGGGAGUUUUGAUGAGGACAUGUUGACGAAGGAUUUACAGGGGCCGUUAGAUGAUUUGAACGGGCUAGGGGAUGAGGAGAUGGAGGCGUUGAGAGGAUGGGAGGAGAGGUUUGAGGAGAAGUAUUUGGUGGUUGGGAGGCUCGUGAAGGUCGGUGAUGAGGGGAACCCCGUGAAGGAGGAGGGGAAGGUUGUUGAGGGUUGA